GGAAUGGCAUAGACAUGUUUUGAAUUGCUGUGUGAAAUUCAAAACUAUAGUUCAGCAUUUUCAUAAAGUUAUUGUAGAUUGCACGCAUGGGUAGCCUACUAUAAGGGCGAGGAGUUACCAUUUGGGCAAGUGUAGGCUACUCCAUCAAGGGUGGGUGUGAGGAGAAUAUCAUUUAUUGUUGUACAUAUGUGACUACGUCGUGGCCUCUUCUUCCUUGUUGAGUCUGUCAUUGGAACAAACCUCCCACUCAUUUACGAAUCACGAGAGUUCGAAGUUUAACGAGGUGGACAAGGGAAACGUGCGGUGCAUCGAAGGCCAGUUCUGCUGGUCCAGAUUGUACAGAAAAGUUUUUUAAACGCUUGAGUUGUUGAGAAAGGCGUCUUUAUGAUAUCAUCAUUAUUGUCUCUGUAGCGGGAUACAACAGAUCAUAAACCAGUAAACUCGCUAGCUUGUUAGCAAGCUAACUAAAGGGGUAGUGGGGAAGUCGUGGGGCAGGAAGGAGGUGUUUCCUUGACUCGCGGUAGGCAGUAUUUUUGUGAGUCUGCUAGCUCCCAGCUAACUAGCGUAGCCUUGUAACACACCCCCUGUCGCACAGUGUCGUUUACCUGCAGAUGGCUUGCGGGUAGUGGCGAUUCUUUGUCAGCUUAUUUGAGAAUUGUAUACGUCUUUGGGCAUGCCUUUUUAAUGCGUUUGUCGCACCCUCAGCUGCAGGGUAACGUUAGCUAGCCAGCCAGAUAGGUCGUUGUUGAACGCCUGUCUGCUUGCUAGCCUUGUCUGUCUAGCUUGCUAGGUUACAAUCGACAGCGUGGUGGACAUUAUCUAGCUUAUCGUGUAGCAGAUAGCGUCCUUGCUAACUGGGUUUGUUUGAUCAAAUCUGCCAAUAUUGUGAGCAUCUGGUACAAUAUAUCGUUAGUCGGUAACGAGUUACAUCUUUUAGAGUCUCUGCCAUGACAUUCAAGUGAUUGAAGUCAACGGCACCACAAGAAGUCGGUCGCAGAGAGAAUGCAGGACAAAGACUGGAGAUGAGAAGGUAGCUGAGCAAGUUUGAACAUUUCUCUGCGUCUCGGUACUGUCAGUAACAGCCCCAAAAGAGCACGGUCGAAGAAGUGGACAGUUCAUAUCAGAAUCAAGAAUGAAGAAGUUUUCUCGAAUGCCAAAGUCGGAAAGCGGCGGACUGGGAGGUGGCUCUGGGUCCGGAGGGGGCACGGGAGUCACAAACUACAUCGGGAAGGUGUUUGCUGUCGGCCGAUACCAGGUCACCGUGGAUGAGCUGAUUGCAGAAGGUGGGUUCUCUGUGGUCUUUCUGGCACGCACACACAGUGGCGUCCGCUGUGCCCUGAAGAGGAUGAUGUAUGUUAACAAUGUGCCCGACCUCAACAUCUUCAAGAUCACAAUCAUGAAAGAGCUGUCUGGACACAAGAACAUUGUGAGCUAUCUGGAUUCAGCCAUCAACGGAGUGGGAGACAGUGUAUGGGAAGUCCUCAUCCUCAUGGAGUUCUGCAAAGCGGGUCAGGUGGUCAAGCAGAUGAACGAGCGGCUGCACGUGGGCUUCACGGAGGCUGAGGUGCUGCACAUCUUCUGUGACACUUGCGAGGCCGUCGCCCGGCUGCAUCAGUGCAAGACGCCCGUCAUCCACCGCGACCUCAAGGUUGAGAACAUCCUGCUGAAUGACCAUGGAAACUACGUGCUGUGUGACUUUGGCAGUUCUACACACAAAGUUUUGCUGCCGCAGAAGGACGGGGUGACUGCAGUGGAGGACGAGAUCAAGAGGUACACAACGUUGUCAUAUCGAGCCCCAGAGAUGGUUAACCUGUAUGCUGGGAAAGCCAUCACCACUAAGGCUGAUAUAUGGGCGCUCGGAUGCUUGUUGUACAAGCUGUGUUUCUUCACGCUUCCAUUUGGGGAGAGUCAAGUUGCCAUAUGUGACGGAACCUUCUCUGUUCCCGAUAGUUCCAAAUACUCCUUAAAAUUGCACUGUUUGAUCCGAUAUAUGCUCGAGCCUGACCAGGAGAAGAGGCCAGACAUCUAUCAGGUCUCCUACUUUGCCUUCAAGCUGGCAGGGAAGGACUGUCCCGUGCCAAAUCUCUUUAGCUCCCCCCUCCCCACCUCUCUCCCAGAGCCCCUGACAGCCAGUGAGAUCGCAGCCAAGAAGAACAUGACGAAAGCCAGGAUCACGGACGCUGUGGGGCCCACGGAGACGUCCAUUGCCCCCCGGCAGCGGCCAAAGGCGGCCUCCAGUGGCGUGCUGCCCCUGCACAACUCCUCCGCCACCCCUGUCAAGAUGGGCGUCCCUGCCGCCCCCAUCAGCAACGGCCAGAAAGCUGCCGGUAAUGGCCAGCCCUCUGUGGCGCUCCCGGGCAGCAGCACGGCUCAGCCCAACCGCGUCCUUCAGCAGCUCCAGCCGGGAGACCUGCGUCUGCAGCAGCAGCUUCAAACACACCCCCAAACACACCCACUCACACAGCACACACACACACACCACCUGCCCCAGCACACACAGCAGCACACACACCUUGCCCAACACACACAGCAACACGCACACCUUGCCCAACACACACGCAUCCAGCAGCAGCAGCAGCAUGGUAUCCACCCACAGCAGCAGCAACAGCAGCAGUCGCCCACACCUCAACAGCUCCAAUACCUCCAGUACCAACAGGCCUUGCAGCAGCACAUGCUCCAGCAGCAGAUGAUGAUGCAGCCAGCAGCAGUGUACCAGCAGCAGGCUCACUACGCAGCCCUGAUGCAGCAGUAUCAGCAGGCCUUUGCCCAGCAACAACAACAACAACAACAGCAGCAGCAGCAGCAGCAUCAUCAGCAGCUGCCCUAUCUUGCCACCUCUCCGCUGGAGUUCCAGACGCCCCUGGGCUCCUAUCACCCUGCCACGCCCUCUGCCUCCACCCACACCGCUCUCUCACCUGUGGAGCCUCCAUACACUAACCCCAGUAGAAACCCAAUGGCCCAGAGUCCUGAUGUGCUGUUGUCCCCAACUACCCCGACCGUGAGCAACCCCCCCGACAUGUCCGGCUGGAACCCUUUCGGAGACGACAACUUUUCCAAGCUCACAGAGGAAGAGCUGCUGGACCGCGAGUUCGACCUGCUGAGAGCAAAGAAGCCUGUGGAGAGAACCACUAGCGUGGAGACCAGCGCUGACCGGCAGCCUCAGCAGCCACAGCCGCAGCCCCCCACCCCAUCCCAGCCCCUCCCCGAGGACCCCUUCGGCUCUGUGCCCUUCCUGGCUAGCGCAGGUUCCACUGGUGUGUGCAGCCCUGACCAGAUCAGUACGGAGCUCAGUACACCAGUAGCAGCUGUGACUCCGGUCUGUGCCCUGUUUGAAGAUCCCGUCAUUGCCACUGCUCCUCAGCCCCCACCCGCUUCCUCUUCACCUGCUUCCUCCUCUUCCUCGGCCAAGGAGCCCCGGGUGGGCAGACGCCAGGCCGCGCCAGGCCAAGCUCCCCACCACCGGCCUGACGAGUCCGACAGCGACUUUGAGUCGGACCCGCCGUCGCCUAAGAGCAGCGAGGACGAGGAGGAGGUGGAGGAGGGAGAAGGGCUGAACAGUGAGCCGGACGACGAAGCAGAGCCAGACGAGGCGGAGCCGGAGGUGCUGGGCCAGCGGCCACUGCUCAUGGACUCGGACGACGAAGAGGAGGGGGAGGAAGAGGACGACUCUGACGGAGAGCAGAGGAAGGUCAAGCCUGGCGCAUCAGGAAGAGAAGGAGAAGGCAGGUUGCCAAGAGACCAAGCGGUCAACAAGGCGACAGGCCAAGCAGCUGUAUCAGCACCAGCAGCAGGAGGUGGCGUUGCGGUUGUGGAGGGAGCACUGGUGGGAGUGGACGUGUUUGGGUUUGUCCCGUUCGUCCGCUCGCCGCCAGAGAGCGCGGUGGACGUGUUCAGCUGUGCCCCGUUCCCCCCCGCUGGUCAGGAGCCUGACGUCUUCAGCCGAGCACCGUUCAACCGGAACCUCUCCCGCCCCCCUCCACAGACCCCACCCAUGUCCCCCAGCAACAGCCACCCGUUGCAGCCCUCAGUGCUGCCCAUCGACCCCUUCGGCUUCUCCCCCUUCCAGCCCCCUGGCCAGCCCGCCAGCGGCACCAGUGAGCAACUGCAGCAGCAGCCACCAGAGGAGCUUCUAGUGCUGCAGGAGUUACAGCAGCAGCAGCAGCAGCAGCAGCAUCUCGACCAGCAGGGCGGCGUUGGCGAGCCAGACGGUGAUGGCGACGAGGAACAGCAGCGGCAGAAGCAGCAGCAGCGGAGUCUGCAGAAGCUGUCGUCGCGGCAGCGGCGCAGCAAGCAGGAGGCGGCGUCCGGAGGUGGCGGCGGCGGUUGCGGCGGGUCGCCCGGAGGGGGCAACGGGGGCAAGCGGCACCACGGCACGCCCACGGGCGGCCGCAAGGGAGGCAAGCCCAGCUUCCGCACGCCGGAGCGCACGCGUCGGCUGAGGCGGGUGGGCCGGCGCGACUCGCAGAGCAGUAACGAGUACCUAAGCGCCUCGGACUCCAAGGAGAACAUCAGCAUGACGGCCACCACCACCGCGGGGCCCGGGGACGGGGCCAAGGACAAGGGGCCGCCGUCGGAGGACCACGCGCCGCCUCCGCCGCUGGACCCGUUUGGGGCCAAGCCCUUCCACCCGCAGGGGCAGGCGGGCGACACGGCGACGGCUAACGGAAGGCCGCGGGCCGGCUCGCAGCAUGGCGGUGCUCUGGGCGAUGUCGGAGGGAACAUCAUGGACGACUUCGGGGCAGUGCCCUUCACAGAGCUGGUCAUCUGCAGCGGACAUCCCCAACAACAGCAGCAGCCGCAGCAGGUGGUGGACCUGGAUCCGUUUGGGGCCGCACCCUUCCCAUCCAAGCAGUGAUUUGAACCC